GCAUCCGAGCACCAUGGAGGGCGAACCCCGGUCGCAGCCUGGCAGCCCGGGCCGCGCCGAGAGGCUGAACGCGCGGCUGCUGGACGAGUUCGUGUCGCUACACGGACCCGCGCUACGCGCCUCAGGCGUCCCAGAGCGACUAUGGGGCAGCCUCCUGCACAAGCUGGAGCACGAGGUUUUCGAUGCUGGGGAGAUGUUUGGGAUAAUGCAAGUGGAGGAGGUGGAGGAGGCUGAGGACGAGGCCGCCAGGGAGGCUCAGAGAAAGCAGCCGAAUCCUGGGGGCGAGCUGUGCUACAAGGUCAUUGUGACCAGUGAGAACGGCGUCCGGGCUGAUGACCCCAACAGCAUCUUCCUCAUCGACCAUGCCUGGACGUGCCGUGUGGAGCAUGCACGCAAACAGCUGCAGCAGGUGCCUGGACUCCUACACCGGAUGGCCAACCUCAUGGGCAUCGAGUUCCAUGGCGAAGUGCCCAGUCCAGAGGUUGUGGCCCUAGUGCUGGAGGAGAUGUGGAAAUUCAACCAGACCUAUCAGCUGGCCCAUGGGACAGCCGAAGAGAAGGUGCCAGUGUGGUACAUCAUGGACGAGUUUGGCUCAAGGAUCCAGCAUGCAGACAUGCCCAGCUUCGCCACUGCUCCCUUCUUCUACAUGCCCCAGCAGGUGGCAUACACGCUGCUGUGGCCCCUAAGGGACCUAGACACAGGCGAGGAGGUGACCCGGGACUAUGCCUACGGAGAGGCAGACCCUCUGAUCCGGAAAUGCAUGCUGCUGCCCUGGGCCCCCGCCGACAUGCUGGACCUCAGCUCCUCUACGCCUGAGCCUCCCGCCAAGUACUACCAGGCCAUUUUGGAGGAAAACAAGGAGAAACUGCCACUCACCAUUAGCCCGGUGGCACGUCCCCAGGGCCACAUCUUCAGAGUCCACUGCGAUGUGCAACAGGUGCUCAGCCACCUCACGCACCCUCGCUUCACCUUCACUGACAGCGAGGCCGACGCCGACGUCUACUUCCAUUUCUCGCACUUCAAGGACUACACGAAACUCAGCCAAGAGAGCCCACAGGUACUACUCAACCAGUUCCCCUGUGAGAACCUGCUGACUGUUAAGGACUGUCUGGCCUCCAUCGCUCGCCGGGCUGGAGGUCCUGAGGGUCCCCCCUGGCUACCCCGAACCUUCAACCUGCGCACCGAGCUGCCCCAGUUCGUCAGCUAUUUCCAGCACCGAGAGAGGCGGGGUGAAGACAACCACUGGAUCUGCAAGCCUUGGAACCUGGCCCGCAGCCUGGACACUCACGUCACCAACAAUCUCCACAGCAUCAUCCGACACCGAGAGAGCACCCCCAAGGUUGUGUCAAAAUACAUUGAAAGUCCCGUCUUGUUCUUCCGAGAAGACGUGGGGAACGUCAAGUUUGACAUCCGCUACAUUGUGCUGCUGCGCUCAGUGAGGCCGCUGAGGUUGUUUGUGUAUGAUGUGUUCUGGCUACGCUUCUCCAAUCGGCCUUUCGCCCUCAAUGACCUAGACGACUAUGAGAAGCAUUUCACCGUCAUGAACUAUGACCCGGAUGUGGUGCUAAAGCAGGUGCACUAUAAUGAGUUCAUCCCCCAGUUUGAGAAGCAGAACCCAGAGUUUCCUUGGAGUGGUGUCCAGGCUGAGAUCUUCAAGGCCUUCACGGAGCUGUUUGAAGUGGCAUGUGCCAAGCCACCCCCCAUGGGUCUCUGCGACUACCCCUCAUCUCGGGCCAUAUAUGCUAUUGACCUCAUGCUCAAGUGGGACAGCCAUCCAGAUGGAAAGCGGGUGAUGCAGCCCCAGAUCCUGGAGGUGAACUUCAACCCUGACUGCGAGCGAGCCUGCAAGUACCACCCCUCGUUCUUCAACGAUGUCUUCAGCACCUUGUUUCUGGACGAGACCGACGACUGCCAUGUCACCCGCAUCAUCUAGGUGCCCAGAGUUCUGCCCGUGCUCGUAGCUGGUUCCAGCCUCUGCUCAUGGAACUGCCUCUGCAGCCCCAGCCAUCUCCUUCCCUCCCUUCCCCACUUCCUGAGCCGUGUUCCUGCUUCGUAUGUGGGAUGUCAGGUCCAUGUGUGGCAGAGCUGGACAGGGAGUGGUGUCCCAAGGGCUGGGCUCUGCCCCGGCACUCUCCAUACCCCUUAACCCUCUCUUCUCUGAGGAGUCUGCAGCUCAGCUCUUCUGGCAUCCAGAGAGUUCGCAGACAAAGAGGUGUUCUGCAGAAACAGGGUUCCACGUGAAGCCUUUGGGAACCCCAUAUCCACCAGGGCCAAGGAGUGCUCUCUCAGAACCUCUGCCCUCCUGUGCCGUGGCUGCUGUAAGCAGGGUACAGGAACCCUGUGUUACACCCGAGACCCCAGAACAGCCCAGGGGAAACAAACAUUUGCCAACCCAGCCUUAUGCCUUGGCUC